CUCCAGACAGGUUUUCACCGAUGACUGGCGCGAACCCCGGAAGAAAGAAUGACGAAUAUGAACAAUCAGUUCACAGAGUCUGACAAAUCCGCUUCUGUUCAGACCCUGGCGGACUCAUCUUCCUGCGCUCUCUGUUUCUGUCUAGCCUAACAAAAACGUUGGAGUGACUUUUCUAAAAAUGAAUGUAUUUCCCCGGCAAAGACUUAAAAACACGGUUGUGUUGGUGCUCGCGUUGAGCGCCGUUCGCUGCUGUCAAGCGUUCAACUUGGAUGUGAGGUCUCCAGUCGUCAAAGAGGGAAAAACAGCUGGCAGUUUCUUUGGACUUUCUGUUGCGCUACACGAGCAGGUCGUAGGAGAGAAACGACACCUACUUCUUGUAGGAGCACCGAAGGAGAAAGCAGAGCCUGGAGUGUCAGCCAAUGAGACUGGAGACGUAUAUGCCUGUCCAAUCACUGCAGACCCUAAAGACUGCAAAAGACUAAACCUUCUUCUCUCAAAUGUUGAAGACAUACUGAAGCCUAAUAAUGAUGUGGUGGAUGGGAUGUGGCUAGGUGUGUCGUUAGUCAGUCAGAGUCAACCAGGGGGCCGUGUACUGGCCUGUGGCCAUCGUUACAUACGAAACUUCACAAGCAACUUUCGAAUGAUUGGGAAGUGCUAUGUUCGUGGAAACGAUUUGAAGUACAACACAGCAGACGCUCAGUGGCAGUCAUAUUAUGAGAUGUGUAACCCCAGAGAUGAUCAGAAUAAUGAAGGCAUGUGUCUUGCUGGAAUGUCUGCUGACAUCUCUCAGACGGAUGUCUUCAUGGGUGCACCUGGAUGCUUCAACUGGCAAGGAAACACAUUUUCGCUGUGGUAUAACCCUGAAAGUAGGAUUGAUGAUGUAAGGAGCAUGCUUCCAAACAUGCAAAGAGGAAAUAUAUAUAUUGGUUACUCUAUAGCUGUGGCUCAAGAUGUAUUGUACAAAGGCAAAGACACAGUAGUAACAGGAGCUCCAAGAGAUGAAGCCAAAGGAUCUGUAGUGAUGGCUGAAGUUCACAGAAUUGGUAUCAGUGGAGAAGUCAAAAUAAAAUCCACCGUCAUGGGGGAUCAAGUUGGAUCCUAUUUUGGAAGCAGCGUUGCUGUUGUUGACCUUGACAAUGAUGGUUGGAAGGAUCUGCUUGUCGGAGCCCCUUACUAUUUCGACCGGAGAAAAGAUGAAGGAGGAGCGGUGUAUGUCUAUAUGAACCAAAACGGGUCUUUUCGUGACAAAGCUGAUGUGGUGCUCACUGGGUCUAAGAACUCAGCUUUCGGUAUGGCUGUUGCUGCUAUUGGUGAUGUUAACCAGGAUGGCUUUCAAGAUUUUGCUGUUGGUUCUCCAUAUCAUAGUACAGGCAGAGUAUCGAUAUGGAUGGGAAGCAAAACGGGUAUUUCCCAAACACCUAGUCAGGUCAUUGAUGGAAAAGACAUCCCAGGAGGUGGACUCCAGACGUUUGGCUAUUCCAUCAGUGGUGGCAUGGAUGUGGACAAGAACAGUUACCCAGACAUAGCAGUUGGAUCAUUAGAUGAUCGUGUGGUCUUGCUAAGAGCGCGUCCUGUGAUUCACCUAAAGAACACUUUCACUGUGACACCAGACGUUAUCAGCCCUGAAGACUGUGAUGCCUGUAUUGAAGCAAGAGUCUGUUUGUCCUACACAUACAGCACUGGCAGUGGUAGUUCCCAGAAGAGCAUUACUUUUCAAUAUACUGUGGAAGCCGAUCUGCAAUCGUCUCGGAGCCCUCGUGUUCGUUUCCUUGACAACAAAGAUGGCAAAUACACUGGCAAAAUGUCUGUAAAUCCUUCUGGAGAUUGCCAUUCUCUGAAACUCGAGCUUGUGACGAUCCAAAACAAGGUUGCUCCGAUAGUUUUCUUGCUGAGGGUGUCUUUGGUGGAGACUCCUCCCUCAGGCGGGCAGACGUUGGAAGACCUCAGUGCUUUUCCUGUGAUCAGCCAAAAAGACGCUCUGACUAACAGAGCCGAGAUUCACAUUCAGAAAGCUUGUGGAUCAGAUAACAAAUGUGAAAGCAACCUUCAGAUGACGGCUACAUUCACAGAUGAGCAGAACAUGCCGUUCCCCACGCGAAAUGGCCAGCAGAUGUUUCACUACUCUACUGAUGUAAAGAAGCUGAAGUUGAUGGUAAAUGUGUCCAAUGUUCAAUCACAAGACAAGAAAGCAGAAGAUGCUUACGGUGCUUCUCUAAAUGUCACCAUUCCUACCUCGCUCAGCUUCUCCAGCCUAAACCCCAAGAACUUGUAUUUUAACUUCACUCCCGGCAUGCCUUAUCUUCUGUGUACACUGGGGGACCCCUUCAAAAGCAAUCAGAGGGUGGAGAUUGAGAUCACCUUUGAAACGACAGGAAUCACAAUAGACAUGCAGGAGAUUCAGACUGAACUGCAGCUCUCAACGUGGAGCGAUCAGAAUGAUCUACGGCCCCUGUCGAGAGUGCUGAUGGUGGAGAACAUCCUACAGCCCUUCUUUAAUAUCCCUUCAUCCCAGUUUAGGACAGAAUUCAGUGGAAAAGUAAAGGGAGAAUCAGCUAUGCAGAGUACCAGUGACAUCGGAAGCCCAGUGGAAUUCAACUUGACGGUGACUCUUUCUGGCAAACCUCUGGGAAAUCUGGGUUAUCUGGAAGUGGUCUUUCAGUGGCCUUAUGCUGUGGCUAAUCAGAAGUGGCUGCUUUAUCUGUCAGAGAUUCAGAUGACAGGAACCUCCAAGCCAUUCUGUGUCCCGGAAAAUAACGUCAUAAACCCCCUUAAACUCAUUGUGUCAGAGCGCAAGACUAGAAGGAGGAAAAGAGACGAGGCCUCCUUGGAGUCUAAACAGACUGAACUGCAGGCCCUCCCGAACCUGCGGGCCGUCCAGAGGAAGCCUCCUGCCAACCUGGACUGUGAUACAGGUAGUGCCCUCUGUCAGACAUUCACCUGCCCCUUGCUUGGCAUGGAAACCUCGGCCAAUCUCACUGUCAGAGCACGCCUAUGGAACAGCACAAUGCUUGAGGACUACAAUGCUGCAAGAGUGCUCGUGUAUGGUAGAGCCACGCUGAGUCUAAAAACAGACAAACCAAGCAUCAAGAUGAGCAAUUACACCCGUGAGUUUACAGUAGCUAUAGACCCUGCAGAGGCAGAAGAGCUUCAGUAUGAAGUGCCUCUGUGGAUAAUCAUUGUGUCCGCACUGGCAGGAGUGAUUCUGCUGGGUCUGAUUGUCAUUUUACUGUGGAAGUGCGGUUUCUUCAAGAGGGCCAACACCAGAGAGCUUUAUGAGGCCAAGGCCCAGAAAGCAGAAAUGAAAACACAGCCAUCUGAAAAUGACCGCCUUACAGAGGAGGACUGAGAUUCAUUGGCCAUUGUGGGCCUCUGACACAAAUAGCGAAUUCGUAGAGCGGCUUUUUUAAGCGGGCUGCCUACUCUCGAACUAUGCCAAAAUACCAAGGCGUGAAGAUUGGUAAGAAGGAACAGUACCAGGUAAACCAGGGCUUUUUAAUUGUGGACGCCACAAAAAAUAAGAAACACUGGAUCACAAGCUGGACUGAAAAGACACAGUACUACUGAUGAAAGCACUCUUACAUUGUCUCUUUUAGACAGCGGAAUUGACUUUACCUGAGCUCUACCUGAUUUGAUUGGGGCUUUUUUUCUGGAUAUAAGAUACAAUUAAUAAUGUUUAUUCAAAACUGUCAAACAUGAACUGAUUAUACAAAUGACUCUGUGAGACUGCAUAUUGUAUUGAUGUUUAUUUUAGUUACAGUUUUACAACAGAAUACAUCUAUUAUGUAUGCCGAAAGGCUCAACAAUAAGGAUUUCUCCUGCUGGCUCAGUAGUUCGGAUUUAUGCUUGGCCUGCCAACAUUUUUACUGUCACCCACCACAAAGGAAUGAAGCAUUUUUACAAUUACGCUCUCAAAAAUUAAGGAAGAAAAAAAAAGGCGUUAAGAACUUUUUGCUGAAACAAUGCUAUAUUAAUCUUUAUUUUGAAGAUAAUAACAAUGUGUUUUUAACUGUAUAGUUGCUAGAAAUAAUUUUUCAUUAAAUGUUACAUUCUAUUUUUUUAUUGAGUAAUUAUUUUACUAUAAUUGCAAGAAAACAACACGCUGGGAAUUAUGUAGCUAAAAUUUUACUGUAAAUAAUUUCUGCUGAAAAACAACGGCUUACAUUGACAAAACUAACAUGGUUUUGAAACAGUUUUCAAAGAGAUUGCUAGGAAAAUUUUACAAUUAAGUACAAAGAAAAGGCAAGUAACAAAUUAAAAAAAAAAAUCAAAUCAGAAAUUCAAAAAUAAAUUUUUAAGGUGUACUCUAGUAAUCUUUUUUUACAUACAAAUCUUUUUUAUAUUGAAUAGUCAUUUUGUUUAACAAAACCUUAUAUUUGUUGACCAACAAGAUGAAUACAGCAAAAUAUCUGUGUACAUUUUUUUAAAAAAUGUAUGUACAAAAUCAAUGAUUGUAAACUAGAAGGAAAAUGGUCAAUCAAAACUGUAAAACCGUCAUUCACUUUUCUAGUGGGUCAUCCUUGUUGUUGAGCUCUAUGUUUUGUUCGAUUUCUCUCUCUUUCGCAUUUGUCUGUUUGAGGACUUGUAUGUUAUGUGUUCUGUAACUGAAAAUAGCUCUGUAUUUUCUCUUCGACUUUCCAAUAGUGCUAAAAUCUGUUGCCCAGUCAUGACUCACAAUCCCUCUCAUUGGCUUCUUGCUUUAUAUAUUUUUAUCUUGCAUCAGGUCACGUUUAUGUGGAACACUAAUGGAUAUCAAAGAAAAAAGACUCAUCAUAUGAAUGUGAAUCGUUCGGUACAGGACAGCGAACACAUAUACACACAAAUACUCCUCGCUUAUGCAAUUGGGACAGUACCUAAUAUCGAAUUCAUCCUAUUUUUAAGUGUUUCAUUCCCUGAUUGUUGUUCAUUUUAGUCAGGUUUUAGAUAUGUCAGUUGUAAAUGUGACUCUUAAGGUGUCCAGUACCAGUCAUGAUUGUGCGGAUGUGUUUCUACUCCAGUGAUUUAUAUUUUUAUUUAAAAUGGUUUAUAAAUUAAGUGGAUGUUAUUUACGUGUCUAACUUAAAGAUGUUCCUUUGGUGAAAAUAUGUCCUGUUCUCACGUGUGACCUGUAAAUCUACGCAGCUAAAGGCUGUGUGCAUUAAUUGGCUCCCAAAGCUGCCUCAGUAAAUAAAUAAAUAAAGUGAUGGCUUAAUAAAA